UUCAAAACUUAGGGGGAAAAAAAAAACUGGAGCACACAGGCAGCAUUACGCCAUUCUUCCUUCUUGGAAAAAUCCCUCAGCCUUAUACAAGCCUCCUUCAAGCCCUCAGUCAGUUGUGCAGGAGAAAGGGGGCGGUCGGCUUUCUCCUUUCAAGAACGAGUUAUUUUCAGCUGCUGACUGGAGACGGUGCACGUCUGGAUCCGAGAGCAUUUCCACUAUGGGACUGGAUACAAACGCACGCCCGGCAGACUGUACGAGCUUCAGACUGAGGAGAAAGCCCUUCCUGCUGCUGCUGCCACUGCUUUUGAAAGUCCUCUCCUUUCAUGGUUUUUCCUGCCAAACCAGAGGCACCUUCGCUGCUGCUGUUCUCUCUGGUGUCAUUCAGCGGCUGACCAGAGGAUGAGACUCCCCAAACUCCUCACUUUCUUGCUUUGGCACCUGACUUGGCUGGACCUGAAAUUCAUCAGCACUGUGUUGGGUGCCCCUGACUUGGGCCAGAGACCCCAGGGGGCCAGGCCAGCAUUGACCAAAGCAGAAGCCAAGGAGAGGCCCCCCCUGGCCAGGAACAUCUUCAGGCCAGGGGGUCACAGCUAUGGUGGGGGGGCCACCAAUGCCAGGGCAAAGGGAGGCACCGGGCAGGCAGGAGGCCUGACACAGCCCAAGAAGGAUGAACCCAAAAAGCUGCCCCCCAGAUCGGGUGGCCCUGAUCCCAAGCCAGGACAUCCUCCCCAGACAAGGCAGGCUGCAGCACGGACCGUGACCCCUAAAGGACAGCUUCCUGGGGGCAAGGCACCCCCAAAGGCAGGAUCUGUCCCCAGCUCUUUCCUGCUNNNGAAGGCCAGGGAGCCUGGGCCCUCUCGAGAGUCCAAGGAGCCGUUCCGCCCGCCCCCCAUCACACCCCACGAGUACAUGCUCUCGCUGUACAGGACGCUGUCCGAUGCUGACAGAAAGGGAGGCAACAGCAGCGUGAAGUUGGAAGCUGGCCUGGCCAACACCAUCACCAGCUUUAUUGACAAAGGGCAAGAUGACCGAGGUCCUGUGGUCAGGAAGCAGAGGUACGUGUUUGACAUUAGUGCCCUGGAGAAGGACGGGCUGCUGGGGGCUGAGCUGCGGAUCUUGCGGAAGAAGCCCUUGGACACAGCCAAGCCAGCGGCCCCUGGCAGCGGGCGGGCUGCCCAGCUGAAGCUGUCCAGCUGCCCCAGCGGCCGGCAGCCGGCAGCCCUGCUGGAUGUGCGCUCUGUGCCAGGCCUGGAUGGAUCUGGCUGGGAGGUGUUCGACAUCUGGAAGCUCUUUCGAAACUUUAAGAACUCGGCCCAGCUGUGCCUGGAGCUGGAGGCCUGGGAACGGGGCCGGGCGGUGGACCUCCGUGGCCUAGGCUUUGACCGGACUGCACGGCAGGUCCAUGAGAAGGCCUUGUUCCUGGUGUUUGGCCGCACCAAGAAACGGGACCUGUUUUUUAAUGAGAUUAAAGCCCGCUCUGGCCAGGAUGAUAAGACUGUGUAUGAGUACCUGUUCAGCCAGCGGCGAAAACGGCGGGCUCCGCUGGCCACUCGCCAAGGCAAGCGACCCAGCAAGAACCUUAAGGCCCGCUGCAGUCGCAAAGCACUGCACGUCAACUUCAAGGACAUGGGCUGGGAUGACUGGAUCAUCGCGCCUCUUGAGUAUGAGGCCUUCCACUGUGAGGGGCUGUGUGAGUUCCCUUUGCGCUCUCAUCUGGAGCCCACGAACCAUGCAGUCAUCCAGACCUUGAUGAACUCCAUGGAUCCUGAGUCCACGCCCCCCACUUGCUGCGUCCCCACUCGGCUGAGUCCCAUCAGCAUCCUCUUCAUUGACUCUGCCAACAAUGUGGUGUACAAGCAGUAUGAGGACAUGGUCGUGGAGUCCUGUGGCUGUAGGUAGCAGCACUGGCCCUCUGUCUUCCUGGAUGACACACCCCAAGAGCCCCUCCUCCAAUCCCUGGAAUCACAGAGGGAUCAGGAAGCUGUAGCUGGCUAGACAGCAUCUACACAGCCUGUCUGAGCAUCUACACAGCCUGUCUGAGCGGAGAUUCCAACAGCCUUUUCACUCUAUGACUUUGGCUAAGGUUCUCCCUUUAGCUACAAAUCCCUCUGACUGAGGAUUUCUGUCCUGCUGCUGUGACUCAUGGGGGACAGGCCCAGGGAGGCAGACUCUGAAUGGGACUGAGACCCAGGAGACAGUGUUUUCCAAGGAGACCCAGUCCACGAUCUCUUCCUACCAUUCAGAGGGAGCUGGUGCUAUCCCUCUUGGAAGCACAUGAGUGCCAUCUCCUCCUUGAGUUACUGUUGUGUGUGGUGAUUUUCUGCCCUUGGGACAGAUAAGCUGCUGAUUGGGCAGAGGUGGGAAAGAGGGGGAGAGGGCUUGAGCAGGGGUGAGGAAUGUGAGGCUGUUAGACUGUUAGAUUAAAAUGUACAUUGAUGAGAUAU